CGCAUUCACGUACAUGUAAAUGCCGUCGAUCGAAUCUGAUCCUGAGCAGGAUGCGCUUCUUGACGUGACAGGCAUUCACGUGCAAUACAGUGCCUCGUCUCGGAGUCUUCCACUGUUCGACGUGACCCGUGCAACGUGGAGACUGCGGCCUGCAUCUUCGUGGCGCGGAUGGCCAUCUCCUGCACGUUAAACUGUCCGUUAGUGAUCGAAUCUCCAUCCUGCGGGACUCGAUCCCGAGCAAACAGGACGCCCGGGAAGUGACCUGAUUACAGGGAUUAACGAGCGGCUUCAAGGUCAAGCCUCAUGGCACGCCGGCGCUCGCAGCAUGACUCCGACGCACAACUCACUCGGCAAUACGCCACUCCCCGCGCACGACCCACUCCACGAUCCCUUCGUAACGUCAUGGUCUCCCUUGUUUCCAUCGCCGCGGCGGCUGCUCUUGCCGUCGUCACUCGGUUCCAGUCAACCGACGCGGCAUUCGUCGCUUGUGCCGAAGCCCCAGCAAGACCUGGAGACCGUCGCACCAGCACGUCCCAACUCAAAGUGACGACGUUCAACGCGGAGUUCUUGUUCCUGGGCAACGCACCGCACGGACUCAAAUGUCCGGGAGCUGACUGUCGAUGGACGACGGCGGCUCAAGCUCAGAGCCACGUGAUCCAGAUCGCAUCCGUGAUCAAGAGUCUGGACGCCGACAUCAUCCAGCUCAACGAGGUCGAGGACUGCACCGUGCUGGAGGCUGUCAUCACGCAGCUCGAAGCACUGGGCGACUCCACCUACAAGCCGUACGUGAUCAGAGGAGCUGACACGUCCACGGGUCAGAACUCGGCACUGCUCACGCGAAUCGAUCCUGUUGUGGAUCUGCAACGUACGGAGACGCGCGCAACGAUCCCCGUUAGUGGGUCAAAGUGCCCUAGUUCGAGCGGAUACUCGAGCUCCAAGGGCGUGUCCAAGCACUUCUACACGACCUUCAACGUCACGGGCUUUUCCAAGCCGAUCACGCUCGUGGGUGCUCAUCUACUGGCCAACCCCGAGAGUAAACCACGUUGCUUCGAGCGUGAAGCUCAGGCGACGGUACUCGCUGAUCUGGCCAAUGCUGCAGUCGAUGAAGGUCACCACGCCAUCAUCACUGGUGACCUGAACGACUGGUCUGCGGCUCUGCCGGACAAGAACAGCAACGCACCGAUCAGUGCAGUGCUCUCCAUUCUAACGGGUACCAACUUUGUCGACGUGGCGAGCAAAAUCUCGCAGUCUGACCGCUACACGCAAUGGUGGGACGAGGACAAUGACUGUGUGUACGAAGACAGCGAGUUGAGCAGUCUCGACCACAUGCUCGUCUCCAAGUCACUGUCGUCUGCUCUCAAGAGCGUCUCGUUCAAUCACAACCUGUACACCACGUCCUGCAGUGGAUACAACAGUGAUCACUACCCGAUCUCCAUCGUUUUGAACAAGGUCUAAAGCUCCGAGCUCGCUCCAAACACAACGUAAUUGUUCAUGAGUAGUUCAAACAAACAAACAAAAAAGACAGUUUUUGGUUUAACUGA